AUGAUAGACACAAUUGCGCAGGGCGCUGUCAAUGUAUUUGACGUUAUCCAGCACAGAAUACCUCCAGGUCCUGGGUUCAUUCCUUUGAACUGGAUCAUCAACACCCAGAAGUUCGGAUGCUGGAUCUUUGUCUUUAGUUUGAUGAUUUAUUACGAUAAUUGGUCUAUUGGAGCAUGGAUGUAUCUGUUCCUACACGGCUCUUAUGGUAUCACUUGGUUUAUUAAAGAUCUUGUGUUUCCAGAUGAAUCCUUCCAGAAGAGAGUGACAUUCUUCUCUGCUAUUGCAUCCUGUAUCUUGCUCAUUUCAUAUUUACUACCAGGAUAUCAGAUGGUUGCUAGGAUUGCAAAGAACAAACCCACUGAGGAUAGAAUCAUUGCAUCAUCGGUUUGAUAUAUUAUCGGGCAAGUGCUAAUGACUGGUUCAGAUUGUCAGAAAUAUUACACUCUUAAGUAUGAAAAGGGACUUAUAACAACAGGGUUCUUUAAAUUGACAAGGAAUCCUAAUUAUCUUGGAGAAGUUAUGAUUUACAGCUCGUUUGCCAUGAUUGGAGGUAGAUGGGAGUUCUGGGGAAUCCUAAUCUUUGUUUGGACGGCUCUCUUCCUCCCAAGAAUGUUAAUUAAGGAUAUUAGCUUGAGGAAAAAGAAGGGAUGGGAUAAAUAUGACAGCUAUAUGUUCUGGCCAAAGUUUAGCUCCUCAUGUUUGGAUAAUGUGAUCAUUUACGCUGUUGUCAUCACUCUGGGCUUAACAAUGUAUGCUUCUGGAGGAUUUCUAUUCUUUUAUUCAGAAGUCAGCUAUAUGAUAACAUAUAAUGAUUAUGGAAGAAUGUUGACCCUCAUUAGCAAAAUUGAACUGUUCACUUUCCUUGCCCAAGGCUUAGAAGCGAUUAAGUUAUAUUUGUAAAUCCAAUAUUACUUUGACAUAAA